AACCAUUGUAUGCAUUAAACAGAUUAAACUUUAGGAAGGUGCUUCCAACAAGCUGGCUGCGCGUUUUCCGCUCAAUAAAAAGAAGCGGAGGCCAGCAGCAGUAACACAAUGGCUUAUUAUGGUAAUCAUGGAAAAGGACGCACCAAAAACCACCACAACAAUUUCGACCGUGAUGAGCCGAACGGGUUCAAAAAUCCACAAUACGGCCCGCAUGUGCAAUUAAUUGACGCAAACUGGGAGCGGCAAGUGACAGCGAAGCUGGAUGAGUUCAUGAAUGGCACCACUACUGAGCUCUGUUUUCCACCUAUGGAAAGACAUGAACGACGGCGCUUGCACGAACUAGCCAGACGCAAAGGUCUUCAAACAUCAAGCGAAGGGAGAGAACCCAAUCGAAGAUGUGUCGUUCAUCGUCGUCCUACGCCGAAGUUAGCUGCAGUUGGAGCGAAUGAGACUCAACCCAUUCGACUUACAUCUGAGAUUCGGAAAGUGCUAUCUAACUUCAUCAGCCAAUAUCCUAUCUAUGGUCCGGCUAUUGAUCGUCACCUGGCAGCCCCAAAAUCCAGAGAUCGCUCACAACGAGAUGUAGGCAAUAGGGAAAGACCAGAAAUGCUUGUACCUCAACGUAGCAAUAUCACUGCAGAGAUGCAAAAGCAAAGGAACAUGCUACCAGCAUAUCAGCAACGAGCAGAUGUGCUAAAAGCCAUCAAUGAUCACAAGGUGGUUCUGAUCACCGGCGGAACGGGGUGUGGUAAAACAACACAGGUCCCGCAGUUCUUGCUUGAAGAUGCGUACGAGCACCAGCAACCGUUGCGAAUCGUUUGUACACAACCGAGACGAUUACCAGCAAUUGCUGUGGCAAGUCGUGUCGCAAAAGAGCGUGGUGAAAGUUUGGGCUCAACUGUUGGAUAUCACAUCCGACUAGAACAAAGAACAUCACCGCAAACAGUACUGACAUACUGCACAAGUGGCGUACUGUUAAGAAUGCUGACUCAGGAUGAUGCUGCUUGUGACAUCUCGCACAUCAUCCUUGAUGAGAUCCAUGAACGAGAACAGAACACUGACUAUCUGCUGAUUGCUCUGAAGCAAGCUCUAAAGAAAAGGAAUGAUUUGAAGGUAAUAUUAAUGUCAGCUACGAUGGAAGGGAACUUGCGACUCUUUACUAAGUACUUUGGUGAGAAAGUCGAAGUGAAGCAUAUUGAUAUUCCAUCUCGACUGUUUACCGUUGAACGAUUUUUCCUCGGUGACGUCAUUGCUAUGACUGGCUUUGUCCCAGAAGAAAGCAUGUUUAGUAGUAUGUUCAUGUCUGCGGGGUUCCCAGAAGUUUGCAGUUUUCCAACUGUGGGUGACUGGUCAAUGAAACCAGAGUGGGAGCAAGAUCAUCAAGUUCACGGAAGAUUGCCAGAAGCUAUGACUGCUCCAAAUCUCCAGUCACUUGCUGGCGCGACGCCGAGCUCGUCUAACCAAAUGGCUGGUAGUCACAUGAUGACCUCAUCUAGUGUCGCAUCUUUCCCUCAGCAUGGAAAACAACAACAUACUGCAAAUUUUAUGAAUGUUGCGCAGCAGUUGGUGAAUUCACAGCAUUCAUCCUCCGGUCAUCAACAGCAACCCCCUCAGCCCUUGAGCGCUCCACCUCAAGGUGUUGUGCACCAUCCACAACAGCAGCCUGCUAUGCCUGGAUACGUACAACAACAAGGGACCAUCUAUGUGCAACAAUCGGCAUACCAGCAGGGUUACCCUCAAGCACAUGCUUUUCCUCAAGGUCAGAUUCGCCAAGUUUAUACGCAACAACCAGGAGCCGUGGCGAUGCCUCAUUCAGCUACCUGGGGUGGAAACAUGGAUCAAUCGUUCAAUGGAGUGGUGCAUGCACAUCCCGAUGUUGUAGAUCUUCCAAGUGAAGCUAUCGAUCCGGAGACGAUGGAGCAAUUUCGGCAGAUGGCAGGUUAUGCUAACAACGAUGACGUUGGUCCAGCUGUAACGUACGGUGCUGAAUGGCGUGUAGCCGAAGGAGAAGUUCAACCACAAUGGCAGCACACUCAGUCAUACUCCGCUAUACAAAACGCUGGUUACCAACAAGGUCACCUGCAAAGCUGGGAUACGCAAGUUGUUUACACCACUCCACCCGCUCCUUACCACAAGAACUCCCAAACUCAACAGCCGAUGUUUUACGUUCCGGAGAGUUUCGACAAUUCUCCCUCCAAUAAAACAGUAACGUACUUUGCACAACCUAUAGAAGGUUAUCCUGUGCCUAUGCAAAGUAGUCAUGCGAUACCACCCCAAGGGACAGCAUGUCCGCCACCUCCGUACUCUGUGCCUCCUCCACAACAUGCUCCACCCGGUUAUCAGAGUUUGCAAGGUGGUCUUCAACCGCCGAUGGAUAGCUAUGCGAGCGCUGUUCAAAGAUCUGAAAAAGAGCUCGAGAUGAUGCGUCAUCAGUUGGGUUCUGCACUGCCAGAUAGACCAGAAUCGUUUGAUCCACACAUUAGACACCUACUUGCAGCGAGAAGAUUAGAUCAGUCAGCACUCGUUAAUAUGUAUCUAAAAUGUGGAGGUCAACAAUGGGCAGAGGCUGUGGACCUUGAUCUAGCCAUGGCUGUUGUCAAAUACUGCAUGGACAGUCGCGUUGAUGGUGCUAUCCUCGUGUUCUUGCCUGGAUUUGACGACAUCGUUCAAAUGCGUGACAAAAUCAACACUGAAUCUUGGCAUUUACGACGUCCAGUAAUAUUCACUCUCCACUCCCAGAUGAACUCAUUCGAUCAGCAGAAGGUGUUUGAUGCAGUAGGUCCAAAUGAGCGGAAAGUGAUCCUUUCAACAAAUAUCGCCGAGGCCUCGCUUACUAUCGAUGAUGUGGUAUUUGUCGUUGACUGUGGAAAGGUUAAGGAAAAAACCUAUGAUCACACUUCUCGUAUAAGCCAGCUGAAGGUCACUUGGAUCGCUAAGAGUAAUGCGGAACAACGAGCAGGACGUGCUGGUAGAUGUCGUGAGGGCUACUGUUUCCGUUUGUACAGUGUCGACGAUUACGAUGAGAUGCUGGAGACACAGAUGGCAGAGAUGCAAAGAACUGCAAUUCAUGACGUUUGCUUACAUGCAAAGAUGUUUGCCCCCGAAAAUAUGACAGUGAAGCAGUUUUUGCAAAUGGCGCCAGAACCACCUUUGGCAGAUGCUGUUGACAAAAGCAUGGAUUUUUUGGAGCAACUCGGUGCGUUAUAUUCCGAAGCCAGCACAUCGGACAUUGAUGUCACUGGUCCUCCUGCACCGUAUGUCGAGCCUCAGCUUACGGAUUUGGGAAGACUUGUGGCACAGUUGCCAUUAGAUCCUCAAUUAGCUCGUCUGUUGUUGUUUGGAGUGGUACUGAAGUGUCUGAAUCCAGUGGUAACAUUGGUUGCUGCCCUGUCUCAUAGAGAUCCAUUCAUACUAGCACUUUCUGAGGAGCGUGAGCAAUCGAAUCGGCAGAGAGACAGCUUUGGUAAACGUGAUUUCUCAGAUCAUAUCACGUUGAUAAGGGCUUUCAAUGAGUUCAAUGAAAAAAGUGCAAAAGAGGUAACUGCAUUCUGUCGCGCCAACUACUUGUCUCUUCCGGCAAUGCGUAUGAUCGCUGGAAUACGCCGUCAACUUAUUAUUGAACUACGUCGAGUGCGAAUGAUAACUUAUGAUGGCGAUCCUCUCAAUGCUCUUCGCGACGCCACUUACAACAAAUACUCAUCAUGUUGGCCAAUGGUACAAGCGGCAAUAGUAGCUGGCUGCUAUCCGGGUAUAGGAUUUGUAAGAGCCGGUAAUAAAUUGAAGAAGAUCAGAACGAGUACUGAAGCUGCUGCUACACUUCAUCCAUCUUCGGUUAUCAAAAGACAGGUCUUAACAGCGUCGAAGAGAAGCGAAGUAAUUAAUCAGUAUGUAACGGAAGACUCAGAAGAUCCUGUAAUCGAAUACCUAGCAUUCCAUGAACUUGCGAAAAUUGAUGAAGGCCUAACGUUACGUACUGUAACAGUGGUACCACCAUGUGCUGUUGUAUUGUUUGCUGGAUCUAUGCGGCUAAAAAAGAGUAUUAUACAAAAUUUCAACAUUACUGAUCCUGAUUCUGAAGAUGAAGGUGAAGUUGAUGAAGAUGCUCCAUCUAGAGAUGUCGUGUACCCCAUUGAGCACUGGAUUGGUGUCAGAGCUACAUACUCGGAUAUGAAGCGGCUAAUUCAACUUAGAUUCAAAGUUAUGUCGUACUUCUUGUCAGUCAUACACAAACCUCAAAUGCUAGCCAAUCCAAUGAAGGAGGACAAUGACCUACUGGCGACCUUAGCUCAAGUGCUGCAAACUGACCAUCAGGAGAUGAAGUUCAAUCAGUGCCAGUUACCGCAGCCGCCGUUGAUUUAUCCUCAACACCAAGUGCCAACUUCUUCAUCAAAUUCGAGCUAUAGCUCUCAUAAUGGCCAACAGGUCCCUAAUCAGCGAUUCCCUCUUAGAGAGGCAUCCACAUCUCAACCCAAUAUGAGCGCAAUCGUUGAAGUGAGUGCCAAACCGACCGGCGGAUUUGAGAAGAAAUUUGAUGAAGAGCAAGCAGCGUCAUUUACACCGCAACAAGAUACAGAACAACAGAACCGUUAUCAAGAUCAGCGUGAGAGAAGACAUGGCCAAGAUGAAUACGGCUACCAGAAGGGUCGUAGAGAUAACUUUGACCAACGGCAGCAACGAUUCAAUCGCAAUAGAGAUGACUGGCAACGCAACAGACCCUAUCAGCCUCGGGAAGGUGGCUACAGAGAUAAGGUGGAUAGAUCGCAGAGCUUCCGUGAGCGUGAUAGGGAAAGGGAGCGAAGUGGCCGCGAUGAAGCUGCAUCAGGCUCGUCUCAACAGCAGCAACCGAGACAAAGAAUGCAGGGCUACAACAAUCGUGACCGAGACUACCGUCAAAAUGAUCGCGACUGGAAUCGUGGCGAUUCUUCAGGACCGGAUCAGCUCACUUGGCAACAAAGAGAAAUGGAGAGAAAUGAUAGUUUCCGGGAGAGACAGGGUCGUCGAGAUUAUAACAACCACAGGCAAAGGCAAUAUAAUAAGUACGAAGACGAUCGAGAGGAGCCAGUUCCCGAAGAUCCCCGCGUUGAUAGAAAUGAUGAAGACGGCUGGGAUUAUGAUGAUUAUCAAGCUGCUGGUUACCACCAUGAUCCACAAGAAUAUCAGCACAAGCACAAUCGUUACAAUAAUCGACCAUAUAACAAUCGUGGUGGCUUCCGAGGUCGUGGUCGUGGUGGAUUCUAUCAUAAUCGUCAUUACAACAACCGUGACGACAAUCGCCGUGAAGUCCAGGAUGAUGAUAGAGGAGAGAGAGAUGGACGCGAACUUAGAGAUGUGAAAGACGGUGUUGAUAAAGACCGUGAUCAUGCUGAAGGCAACCCGCGUAAUAAUGACAGAGGCUUCUAUAGACAAGGCGGAAAGAACUAUGAUAAUGCUAAAAGUGGAGAUAACGAUCGAGACAAGCACUCUGAACGUAGCCGUGUCUUCUAUAAUAGUAACAAGUCCCAUUUUCAAGAUCGACGACGUCGUGGUUCAAGUUCGAAUUUUAAUUAG